AGAAGAAAACUAGAAUAAAGAAGUUAUAAUAUUUAAAAACCGGAGGUAGGAGCAAAAAAAAUGGUACUAAUACUAUUAUAAUAUCCACAUGAAAAAGAUGAAGUCUUUUCACUGUUUUGAUACAAAGAGAAGAAUGUCAGUAAAUUCUGUCAGUUUGUUUGGAAUAAACAGAGAGAGGCACUCACGUCCAUGGCGCAAAAGUUCUCAUCUGGGAGAAUUCUCUUUCAAUUUCACAAUUCCUAAAAAAGUUGCUAAAUUUAGACCAAACCCUUUUCUUCCGUUGAUUAAUCUCUGUUUCUGUCGCACCUUCGAUCACGCCCCCCAUUCCCACCCUUCGUUACAAAAUUUAACAUUUUUUUUGGCAGCCUCUCAAAUUCAAUGCCAUUCUUACCAAGAAAAAUUUCCCCCUUCCAAGAUCCGUUUUUGAUCGUAUAGGUUGGGUUUUCUUUGGCUUUUGAUCGAAAUUUCUUGGUGAGGUGGCGAUGGAUUCUGUUGGGAGGCGAUCUUUUGGGGUCUCUUUGAUUUUGUUGCUGCUGAUUGAGGCGGUGUGUGUGGUGAGGGGGAAUGUGGUGUUUGAAGUCCACCACAAGUAUGGUAGGGGCGCAAAGGGAAAGGCCCCAAUUGGGGUGCUGAAGGCCCAUGAUUCCAAGCGCCAUGGCAGAGUUCUUGCUGGUGUUGAUUUUCAGUUGGGUGGCGAUGGAUCUCCCACAAACACGGCGUAGGCUUUACUACACGAAAAUUACAAUAGGUACUCCUCCAGUUGACUAUCAUGUUCAGGUUGAUACAGGAAGUGAUAUUCUAUGGGUGAAUUGCCAUAACUGUGAAAAAUGUCCCACAAAAAGUGAUCUUGGAAUAUCCUUGAUGCAAUAUGAUAUAAAGGCCUCCUCCACUGGACAGCUCAUCACUUGCGAUCAAGAGUUUUGUGGUACGGUGUUUAAUAGUCCGAACCCAAAUUGCAAGGUUGGAAUGAACUGCGAAUAUGCUGUUACUUAUGGAGAUGGGAGCAAAACUGAGGGUUACUUUGUAAGAGAUAACUUCAAAUUCGACCAAGUAACUGGAAACAGUCAAACCUCAGCAAUGGAUGGAUCUGUAGCAUUUGGGUGCUCGGCUAAACAAUCUGGAGAGUUAGGUUCGUCUUCUCAGGCUGUUGAUGGGAUUGUCGGUUUUGGACAAGCAAACACAUCCAUUCUUUCACAGCUUUCUUUGGCCGGAAAGGUGAAGAAGAUCUUUUCACAUUGCUUGGACAGUAGGAGGGGAGGUGGCAUAUUUGCUUUGGGAGAGGUCGUGCAUCCCAAAGUAGGCACAGCACCACUCGUUCCAAAUCAGGCUCAUUAUAAUCUUAUUCUGAAGGGAGUUCAGGUGGGCAAUAAAAAUCUAGACCUCCCAACAGGUUUGUUUGGCAUAGGCCCCCCUCGGAGGGCCAUAAUCGACAGUGGCACGACCCUCGCCUAUCUUCCCCCCGACAUGUAUGAGAAGGUUAUCAGUAUGAUAAUGGAGUUGCAACCGAAGAUGGUAAUUCAUAUGGUUGAGGAUGAGUUCAAAUGCUUUUGGUACACUGCCAACAUUGACGACGGAUUCCCGGUUAUAACUUUUCAAUUUGAGAACUCACUUUCACUGCAAGUUUAUCCCCACAAUUAUCUGUUUGAAGUUCGUGAUACAGAAUAUUGCAUCGGCUGGCAAGUCAGCGGAAUGCAGGCCAAGGAUGGGCAAGAAUUGACUCUCUUAGGAGAUAUUGCCUUAUCUGACAAGCUUGUUGUGUACGAUCUUGAUAAUCAGACGAUUGGAUGGGCACAAUAUAACUGCUCAUCGAGCAUCAAAGUGAAAGACGAAGCGAGUGGGAAUGCUUAUGAUGUUGUCGCCCACGACAUAUCUAUGGAUUCCUCCGCGUUGAAGGCUAAUGUUGUAUCAGUUCUCAUGUUCGUAGCCACUGCUCUCAGUCUGAUCGUAUGAGCUCAAGAACGAGGAAAUGCUGCUCGUUGUCGUGUCGCGAACCAGGCAAGAACGGCUGGAUCUUCAAGUUACAAGGUGAAGAAAUAGUGUGAAAUUGGUGGAACUGUAAAAUUUAUUUAUUUUGUUUUUUUCAACACCAUUGUAUCUGCUUCACCUCCAGAGACUGCUGCUCCUUAAAUAUUUGUUUCAAUCUUAUGUAUAUUUUAUUUGUUUUUAAUGGUAUAGAAAUUACACAAACAAUGUAUAGUGAAAUGCGAGCAACAAUCUCUCUCUUUUCUUUAUUCAAUUUAUAACUCGUGUUUCCUCAAA